AGCCCAGCCUUCAGACUCGCAGUGCCCCAGGGAGGCGGUGCUCGCAACGCUUUCCAGUCCCGGGGCUUCCCCUUCGUCGUAGCCAUGGCGAGAGGAACCUUCCAGGUCUCCUGGCUUCUCCCGCUCAUCCUGUCCGCCUUCGUCCAGCCCAGCCGGGGCCAGGAAAGGAUGAAGAUGGACUGCUACCCAGGGAUUACGGGUACCAUCUAUGAAUAUGGGGCCCUUACCAUUGAUGGUGAUGAAUACAUCCCUUUCAAGCAAUAUGCAGGCAAAUAUGUCCUCUUCGUCAAUGUUGCCACCUACUGAGGCCUGACAGUCCAGUACCUUGAACUGAAUGCACUACAGGAAGAAUUUAAGUCCUUUGGCCUUGUUAUCCUGGGAUUCCCCAGCAACCAAUUUGGAAAGCAAGAACCAGGACAGAAUUCAGAAAUCCUUCCUGCCCUCAAGCAUGUACGCCCAGGUGGGGGCUUUGUGCCCAAUUUCCAGCUUUUUGAGAAAGGAGAUGUGAAUGGAGAGAAAGAACAGAAGUUUUACACAUUCCUGAAGAAUUCCUGCCCUGCCCCCUCUGAACUCGUGGGCACACCCAAAAACCUCUUCUGGGAACCUAUAAAGGCCCAUGACAUCCGCUGGAAUUUUGAGAAGUUCCUGGUGGGGCCAGAUGGUGUCCCCAUCAUGCGCUGGUACCACCGGGCCACAGUCAGUACAGUCAAGAUGGACAUCCUGGACUAUCUGCGGAAGCGUGGAAGCCAAGACAGGAUUUCUGAAGAAUGGCAGAAGUAACCAUUGUCCUCAGGGAGUAGAAAAGGUUCACUGUUCAGGGAAGGGACUGUCCCAGCCCCGCAGCCCACAGACUACACCGUCUGCCUGAGGCCCCACUCCAGAAGACGCUGCUGUUCAGGGAACGUGUGGGUGCAGGGGUAGACAGCAGAACGCCUACACACACAGAUGUAUUUUCAGGGGUUAUGUGCCUAGGUGUGCGUGAGAUCAGAGACAGGUACAGACACCCACCUCCAUAACCUAGGUCCUUGCUCUACUAAAUACUCAACUCAUUUUCCAAUAUUAAUGUUUUCCCAGUCCAACCCACAGAGCAAAAUCAGCUUUAAAGUCAGGUUACUGAACCUCUCAGAUCUGGAGAACUCUGGUCCUGGAGUUUCCCACAACUCCCCAGUGGACCCCUUUGCCUCAGCUCAUCUGAAGUACGAGGUCCUGGAAGUCCAGUGACCCACUGAAAAUCAACCAAGCCCAGUACAAAUGAAUGCCUUCUCUCCCUUCUCUGAACAGCCCUUUUCAACCACCCCGCCCCACAGAGUCACCCCCUGGUGAGCUGCCUAAAGGGCUCUGCCAGGGGAAAAGACUGGUGUGAAAGGACAGAGACAGUGUCCUCAGCUAAGGGGUAGCAUCUUUAUGAUGGUGGGAUCCAAAGCCUCUCCGGGGCGGAUUCCAUCAGAGCCUGCAAGAGGGGUCACGACCCCUUCGUGCGUUCAGGUCGUGGCACCUAAGCAGGGAUGCUGCCCCUUACGGGGGACGCUCACCCUCUCCUAUCACUCUGGCCCCCCUACGUUGGAGUCAUACCCACUGGUGACAAAUAAAAACCUUUCUGCAGCA